UGUUCGCGACGUUCCGCGACCGGGAAUGACGGAAAAUGUGCUGAUUAAUGGGCGGCUGUUAGGUGCAAUUUUACCGAAUAUUUGUACCGAUUAGUGUCUGUGGAUCAAAUUCUCACUCAAUCGAUUGAGAUAGAAGGAAGCGGAACAGUGAUUGGAAAAUAUUUUCUGUAGUCGAUGGUUAACGAGGAAAAAUGUAUUUUAAUUGCUUCUGCAUCGAUUACUUUUCCACUACAGCGGAUAAUGCGACAGAAUUAUUUUCGGUGAAGGUCGAACAAUGCCCCCGGUGUGUGGUGGGAGAAGACGUCGUGCCUAGAACUGCCUGGUCCAGACAGAGCGUCGCCAUUGUCCGAGUGCAAAAAAAUCGAACAUGAACUCUGAACAUGCCGUACGUUUUAAAGCCGCAUUCCUGCUGACACUGCUCUGGUUAUAAGUAGCUGGAAAUCGAUUUGAUGGCAGAAAUGAGUGCUUCUGUUGGUGAAUCGGAGAAAAGUUCCUCAGCACAGGAUGAAACACCGCACGUACAACUGGACGAAACAGAAGAGCUUGAAGGUGCCGUAGGCAACUCGCCAGAGGUCAGUAGCCAGAUCCCGAAAGACAUCGAAGAAGACGAACCGAUUGAAUUGAAAAAUCAGGACGAUUUCCCACCUACCCCGUAUGAGGAAUGUUUGGAUCUGACUAUCUUCGAAACCCUAGCAAAACAGGAGCGAGAGCAAAAAUCUCAACUGGCGGAAUGUGAGCUUCCGGAAGCAGCUAGAAUCAAUUUUAUCGACGGCGAUCCUUCUCCAGCCCGUGAUCGAGACCUAUCCAAUAGGCCUUCGCCGAUUUGCUGUCCGGCUACAACACCAACUUCGAAUGCCGGUGGUGGUCAUCACGGUGACUCCUGCGGUUCAUCCAACUCAUCGGCACCAUGUUCCGGGGUUCGCCGAAAGGCGAAGGUCGCAUCGACAUCGCUCGAAGAACCGGUCUUGAAUGGGACAAAGAAAAAAGUUCGUUCGAAUGGUUCACUUAAAUCUUCACCCUCGCAGGAGUAUCUUCAAAUUUGGUCGUCGACCGGUGUUAGCCCGGGGGACCAUCAGAGAACAGGAGAGAGCGAUAAAUUAAAUCAGAAGGUUACUAGUCCAACCAUUCAGGUGCACAAGCCGCUCGAGCGAUCGUGGCCUUCGAAGCAACAACGCAAACAGCAAUCUCAGCUGCAACAGCAAGGAUCUGAGGAGUUUUCGUUCGAUAUAAUUGACACGGAUGAGCAGUGUUACGUUUCCGGACCGGAAAGUGGAGCUGCUGGGAUGGAUUUUGCUCCUGGGGAGUUUUUCGAACAAAAUCCUAAACAAUUACGGCAUGAAAAAGUUUCUCGAGUUGCAAAGCAACCACUGGAGGGAAUUAUUGAAAGUGCUCCUUUGGCUACACCUGAGACUGAUGGAAGUUUGUCUGAACAUACGCCACUUCGACUGGGAAGAAUGGAAAGAAAUGUCAGUCCGGAUAAUGCGGUAGUCAUCGACGCAACGAAACCUGAUCCCGCAAAUGUCCCGCUUAGAAAAGUUGUGCGGACCGAUUUCUGUUUUCCAGAAGAACCGCAACCUUCCAGUUCAAGUGAGAUUGUGGAAGCGACGAACGAGCUUCGUACCGUUAAACCUCAUCGACCGUUAGUGAGAAUCUUAUCUAAUAGUAGAACGAAGAAUACGAGCAGCGGAUUGGUCAACUCAGGUGAACUACUCGUCGUAGAUUCAAUGAAAGGCAGCCACAUAAUCUUCCCCGUUCAAUGUUUAUCGCCGUGUGCCAGAAGUCCCCCUUCCGGAUCAUCCACGCGAUCAGGUUCCCCUCUCGAACACUCCCCGGAUCGUUGCUCGCCAACAAUUAUAAUGCAUCCGAAGCCGGUACGACCACAGCCUCGUCCCCUAACCAGAGUCGGUUACUGCGGACGCAGUGAUCUGAUCUGUCCACCCACGCCAACGCAUCACGCUCGCCGUUUGCGGGUUCUUGCCGAUAAUUUUGGACCACCGGAUCUACGGCCACGAGUUUUUUCGCCGGAAAUUGUGAUAUCACCGGAGACGAGAUACAACGAACUGGUUGCUGUCACGGGGAAUCGAGUUGAUCAGAUGCGGGUCGGGGAGGGUCGUGAGGAAGAAACAGAAACGGAUUCUCAAGGUGGUGGUGGUGGUAGCCACUUGACUAGCACCCGACUACCGUCCAUUCCGGAGCGUGCACGGGGAACUUUGACUGAACCGGAAGAACCUCUACCGCCGGCCUGGGAAGCACGCAUGGAUAGUCAUGGUCGGAUAUUUUAUAUUGAUCACGGGACUCGAACAACUUCCUGGCAACGUCCUGGGGCACAUUCUGGAAUGUCCGGACCGGAUCAACAUCGACAACAGCUUGACCGGAGGUAUCAAUCAAUUCGCCGAACGAUAUAUGAUCGACGGGAUCGCAGCCCUCCGCGUUUUGGUUUUGAAGGGAUUAAUCCACGGCAGAGUUCCUCCUCCGCGGUCGCAGUUGCUAUGAAUACAGCUCAAAUCGAGAAUCUUCAAUUGGAUCGAUCUACACAUCCGGCGCUGUUGAUGAUCUGCCGGGCGGACUUUUACUCCAUGCUACACACUAACACCGACGCUAUCCAACUGUACAAUCGCAACGCAGCACUGAAACACAUGGUUUCUCGAGUUCGUCGGGAUCCCGCCUGUUUCGGUCGCUAUCAGCACAAUCGCGAUCUGGUAGCGUUGGUUAAUUGUUUCGCUUCACCGGAUAAGGAACUGCCUCCGGGAUGGGAAACGAAGGUCGAUCAAAGUGGGAAGCAGUUUUUUAUCGAUCAUUCCAAUCGGAAAACGUCCUUUAUGGAUCCGAGAGUUCCUACCGAUUGUCCCCGAGCUCGUCACAGACCUGAGCAGCUGAUUUCCGGUGGUGGAGGUCCCCCGGUAGUUCCCGUAGAUGUUGCACCGAUUCCACCGCCGCGACCUCCGGCACUGCCGAGAUUGAGCAUCGGAUCGCCGGAAAUUCCGGUGGCCUAUAAUGAUAAGGUUGUGGCAUUUCUACGGCAACCGAACAUUUUGGAGAUCCUACGGGAGCGCCACGGAGCAGCGGCUUGUUCCCGUAAUUUGCGGGAUAAAAUCAAUUCGAUUCGGGUGGAAGGUACGGCGGCACUCGAUCGGCUUAGUCAUGACCUUCAGCUGACUAUUUUACUAAGCCUGUUCGAGAAUGAGAUUAUGAGCUACAUUCCGGUGGAGGCUCGCAGUCCACAAGGUUCACCGAAUCUCUGCAACUCACGGGUCACGCAGCGGGCCCCUCCUCCAUUCCGCAGGGAUUUCGAGGCCAAGCUGCGCACCUUCUACCGGAAGCUGGAGUCCAAGGGUUUCGGUCAGGGACCGCAUAAACUGAAAUUACACAUCCGGCGGUCCCAUCUGCUCGAGGACGCCUUCCGGCGGAUCAUGUCCGCCAACAAGAAGGACCUCCAACGGGGUCGGCUGGCCGUCCUGUGGGACACGGAGGAAGGACUCGAUUACGGUGGUCCGUCGAGGGAGUUCUUCUUCCUACUGUCCCGGGAACUGUUCAAUCCGUACUAUGGACUGUUCGAGUAUUCGGCAAACGAUACCUACACGGUGCAGGUGUCACCCCUAUCCGCCUUCGUGGAUAAUAGUCAUGAUUGGUUCCGCUUCAGCGGUCGAGUCCUCGGUUUAGCACUGGUUCACCAGUAUCUGUUGGAUGCCUUCUUCACCCGUCCAUUCUACAAAGCGCUGCUGCGGCUCCCGGUGGCACUCAGUGAUCUCGAAUCGUUGGACAACGAGUUCCACCAAUCGCUACAGUGGAUUCGGGACAACGACAUCGGUUCCGGAGCGUCUCUCGGUUUGACGUUCUGCGUGACCGAGGAACUGCUGGGUCGAGUGGUGGAACGGGAGCUCAAACCGGGUGGGAAAAAUAUUCCAGUGACUGAAAAAAAUAAACGUGAAUAUCUGGAGCGGAUGGUAAAGUGGCGCCUGGAGCGGGGUGUUCAGGAGCAAACCGAAUCCUUGGUUCGUGGCUUCUAUGAAGUCGUUGACCCCCGGCUGGUGUCGGUGUUUGACGCACGCGAACUGGAACUCGUAAUCGCCGGUACGGCCGAGAUUGAUCUCAACGAUUGGCGGAUUAAUACCGAGUAUCGCAGCGGCUAUCACGACGGUCAUCAGGUGAUCGUGUGGUUCUGGCAUGUGAUCGAGAAGUUCUCCAACGAGCAGCGAUUACGGUUGCUGCAGUUUGUGACGGGAACGUCUAGCAUUCCGUACGAAGGUUUUGCCGCCCUGCGCGGGUCCACCGGACCGCGAAGGUUCUGCAUCGAGAAGUGGGGUAAACCGAAUGCACUUCCCCGGGCUCACACGUGCUUCAAUCGGUUGGAUUUGCCACCGUAUCCGACGCCGGAUAUUCUGUACGAGAAGCUCCUGCUGGCGGUGGAGGAAACGAAUACGUUCGGAAUUGAGUAGCUCGGCGGCAGCCGCCGAAGCGAGGUGGUCCUCCUGUACUAUCUGUUGCUGUUUCUGUUUUAUAGUGUAUUUAUUUUUUACUUUUUGAAGAUUUUAAUCGUGCAACUGCUGUGAAAACGAAGAGAGACUGGGUUCUGGCUAGAGGGCGCUUUAAUUUUAAUCGUUAGGGGGAACCAUGAACUCGAAAGUGAAAAUCGGGGAAAAAUCGGUGUUAUAUGGUUUUCGCUUUUCGCGAGAGUAGCAUUAGUGGCCGUUGCUUACAGUAGUAGACCUGUACACAUAGUGCUAGGAGGGUUUUGCUUUUAAAUCGACACGAUCCGUUCGUUGCUGAUAGAUAGUCGGGCGGCCUGAUGGUGAAACAAGCGCGCUUCGAGUUAUUAGUGCGAAACGAAACGUGUGAUUUCGUAAAGUUUAUUGAGUGGUGCGCUUUGGUGUGUGGGUGGUGGUGUUGAUGAAAUGAGAAGCAGGGAAGGAAAACAUAAUGCUUGAUUGUAAUCGGUGGCGGUUGAAGACUAUUUGAAGACACAACAGAAACCAUAUCAAUAGUCUCGUUCCGUUAUCGGAACUGAGAAGCUAGUUUGUAGCACGAGUUCUGCCGUAACAAAGACUGAAACGAUGUCAACAUUUUGUGAUCAAAAAACAAAUUUGAAAACUGUUAUCAUUUACGGAAUUCUAGACUUUACUUUCAAAACAUGGCGUUCAUUGAGAUAACCAGAUCCCAUCUUCUUUGCAUUGUCAUUGAAGUCUUCUUAGUCUCAUAAAUUUAAAUUCCAAUCACACAUUCAUACAGUCCCUAGACUUCUAUGAUUCGCUAGGAGUAAACAAUUUCAGUCGGCACUGCAUCAAUCGGCUGGUGAUAAUGAAUUUGCAUUGCAAAUUAACCAAUUAGCAAUAUAGUGUCAUAAAACACCAUAAACAACAAUUCGAUCACGGUCUUAAUAGGACAGGGAAACAACUAAUAAUCCUCCCUUGAUCGACGAUUCAAAUGGCGGUUAAGUGACCAUAAAUUUAGAUACUACAAACAGUAUUGCCAUUUUUACAUCUUUACUGUUUUGCGAGCGGAAAUCUGAAUCUUAGCCGCGAGAGGAAACAAACUGCAGACGCCUUAUCAGCAACGAAUCGAAUAUGGGCGAGGCUUGCGCGACGAUAUAAUUUUAUCAACUAGACCUGAACUGCUCUAAACCAUGCCUAUUAUUUUGAAGUGCGGUUGCCUAAAGAAGUCACUUGUCUCAUUUUUCCUUAAAAGGGAUUUUCGUUAUGCAAAUUUCCAAACAAAAGAAACACAUUUGAUUAUUGGUAAGGGAAAACAAAUUAAAACCCAUCCUUCAUAAUCCCACAUUCUGGCUCUAGAAAAAGUUUUUGAUAUCAGGAAAAGAGUUGAUUCCAGUUGAU